CUUUCCAGGCUGCCCCGAUGAGUGCUGCGCUGCCUGAGUGCAUAGCAACAGGAUAAAAAGAUGGCAUAAAUCCUGCUCACUGAAUGUGUUCCAUCCCCCAAGCCUGUAACCUCUGCACUGCUUUGGGAACUGUGUUUAUGAAUGAACAAAACACCUGGCCCCAGCUUGCCCUGAGAACUUCUCUACUAAUUCAUGAGCCAGCAGGAUGUGGCCGCUGUGCUUUCAGAACGCCUCCUUGUAGCUGCAUACAAAGGCCAAGCGGAUAAUGUGGUGCAGCUUAUCAACAAAGGUGCCAAGGUAGCAGUUACCAAGCAUGGACGAACUGCAUUGCACCUUGCAGCCAACAAAGGGCAUGUUAACGUUGUCCAUAUCCUAGUGAAAGCUGGCUGUGAUCUGGAUAUUCAGGAUGACGGGAACCAGACAGCCUUACACCGAGCAGCAGUUGUAGGAAACAGUGAGGUCCUUGCACUAUUGAUACAAGAAGGUUGUGCUUUGGACAGACAAGAUAAGGAUGGUAACACUGCACUGCACGAAGCAUCUUGGCAUGGAUUCAGCCAGUCUGUCAAACUGCUCGUUAAAGCUGGUGCUAAUGUGCUUGCCAAAAACAAGGCAGGUAAUACACCUCUGCACCUGGCUUGUCAGAAUGGCCAUUCUCAAAGCUGCCGGAUUUUAUUGCUUGCGGGAUCUCGGGCAGACCUGAAAAACAAUGUGGGAGAUACCUGUUUACAUGUUGCAGCACGCUACAAUCACCUUUCUGUCAUCAGAAUACUUCUCAGUGCUUUCUGCUCAGUCAAUGAAAAAAAUCAGGCUGGUGAUACUCCACUCCAUGUCGCUGCUGCACUAAACCAUAGAAAAGUUAUCAAAGUUCUUCUUGAAGCUGGAGCUGAUGCAACUCUCCUUAACAAUGCUGGUCAGAUAGCUUUGGAUACAGCAAGACACCACAAUAACUCAGAUGUGGCUCUUCUACUCACAAAAGCACCACAGGUUUUGCGCUUUAGCCGUGGGAGAAGCUUACGGAAGAAGAGAGAGAAGCUGAAAGAAGAAAGAAGGGCUCAGUCAGUACCAAGAGAAGAACUUGGAGAAAGUAAGGCCAGUAUUUCAGCAGCUGAUGAUACUCACAGUAGUGAUCAUGCAGCUUUCAAGCAAGGUGAUGGCAAGGAAGAGCAUCAAACUUCUGCAGCAGGUUCCAAGCAACGGAAAAGCAGAAAGCCUAAGGCAAAGGAAAAGAUUUCUGCUCUCUCAGACCCCACAUCACCAGCAGAUCAGCAACUAUUAUGUGGUGCCCAGCAGUCCUCCCAUAAUCAUAAGCGAAGGAACAAACAUAGAGGUCCCUCUCCUCCAUUCCCUCCCCAUGAAGCCAGAGCAUACCAACUGUAUACCUUGUACAGGGGCAAAGAUGGCAAAGUAAUGCAGGCCCCUAUCAAUGGGUGUCGGUGUGAGCCACUAUUGAGUAAACUAGAAAAUCAGUUGGAAGCCACCAAAGAAGAGAUAAAAGCAGAGAUUGCUACUGUGCAGGGCCAAAUGAAUGCAAAAUUGGGACAAAUGGACAACAAAACCCAGCACCAGCUGCGGGUACUAGACAAGCUUAUGUUGGAGAGGAUGUCUGCAGAAAAAGCAGAAUGUGUCUGUCGCCUACAACAUCAUGCAGAUGUACAGAAGAAUGAAGCGGAGAAGCGGCAGGUAUCUGUUGUAAAUGAACUCAAAACGUGGUGCAUACUAAAAAUUCAGAAUCUGGAGAUGAGGUUUUCUGGCGAUGCCAGGUCAGUGAAGGCUAAAUCCAUUCCUUCUACUUGUGAAUCCACUGAUCAACCCAUUUCAGAGAGUCCCAGCAGCACCAAGGAAUGUAACAGUACAGAAUCCUCAACUCUUCCACAGUCUUUUGCACUGCAUUCCUGUGUCACCUUUCAGACCAGCUUGCCUGAUGAGCCAGGAAGGACUGACGCAUUCCAUUCAGAAGAAAGUAACAGAAAGCAGCAGUUGCCACCUCAGCAAGAGCUGAAUCUUUGUCCAGCCACAGACCAGAUUCCAGCUGCCCCUCUAGCAGUGAGGCCUAAGGAAAAAGGAAGUGCCCACCCUGCCUUAAAAACACAGCAGGGACAGAAUUCAUGUGAUCAUCUUGGUUCCAGAACUCGACAAGUGAAACUUCCAUCCAUUUCGAAACCCUCAGCAGAACCUAAUAAAACUGAAAAGCAGUGUAUCAAUCUCAUGGACCGAGGGACUCAGACAAGAAAGUGUGCAAAAGUUAUUCAUGGGAGGCAAAAAGGACAAAUGCCUGAGCCGCCAAGUCAACCGCAGCAUUCUCUCCCACAGGCAAGGGACACAUCACAAGCCUUGGAAAUCACUCAAUAUUUCUUUGAGGCAGUUUCUACUCAAAUGGAAAAAUGGUAUGAGAGGAAGAUAGAAGAAGCCAAAUCUCAAGCAAAUGUAAAAGCAGAGGAGGAUAAAGCUGCCUUGCAGCAGCAUAUUGAGAGUUUAGAGGAAGAACUAAGAAAACUGAGGACUAAACUUCAGAAAGAGAGCUAGCAUCAACUGUUUAGAGUGAAUGUAUUCUAAACAUGCAUGAACCAAGUGUAUUAUACUAAAGCAUACCCCAGUUAUCAGAAGGACUAAUUCCCUUUUGCUGUCUGCAUAGUGGCUCCACUACUUAUGUGAUAUAAAUAAUUGUGUUACAUGGUGUAAAUGUAGAGUUAAAACAUUAAGUUAAGCUUUUCAUGCUCUAAUCGGUUCAGAUUUAAGAAUAAUGCAGUACUGCAUUUACAAUUGUGAAAAUACGAAUAAGAGAAUGCAAAAGUAUAUCUAUAAAAUCCUUCAGAAUGUGUUUGCAUUGAAUCAGUUUAUAAAUAGUAGCAUGCUUCUGACAUUGCUUUGACAGCUGGGAUAUUUUGUUUUCUACUAUUGUUGACUUUCAGAUACAUUUUUUAAGUGCCAUUGAAUCAUCCUGUUGGGUAUUAUAGACAUAUAUAUACAUACUAGCAGUCAUAAAAACGAACAUGUGUAGCUGUAUAGAUACGUUUAAUGUCAAUGUGAUUACUUAUCUUACACAUAAGCAAGGCAUGGUCAUUCAGGUCUGACUGACAUUUCUCACCAUCCCAUCGACAGUUAAAAGGUUGUCAGGUAUAGCUGAGAAUUGUAGUUCUACAGUCUAUUACAGGCUUAUGUACUAUCAACAGUUACAGGCUUAUGUACUAUCAACAGUGAAUUUUAUAUAGAUAAUUCCAGUGUAUGCAUCUGUUUCUGAUACAUUCCUCAUAUUGACUGAUAUUUUUAUUUUACUAGAUAUUAAAGUAUAGUUGUUUAUAUUUGUAAAUAAACAUACCAGGGCUGAUAUCCUAACAUAGGUGCUAAAGUGCACCAGUAUGGUUACUCAUAGCAACCAUCCAUUAAUGGUUCUGAUCAACCUACUUCAAGUGUGAGUAAAUCAGCCCAUCAUGCAGUUUCAGAGAAGGUCGCUUGGUAGAAAUAUGUCACAUAAGGAUAUUACCAUCUUGUUAAUUGCUUGUACUGUUACUUUCCUAGUCACACAGUGGUUUUCCAAAGUAACAUGGUAGAUAUUAGGUUGGAAAAAAAUAAAAUUAAUCUGAAACAUUUAACUGUGUAACAAUAAAAAAACAACAAUUCGCGGAUAAAAGUGGUUUUAUAACACAAAUUUGUCACUUUGCCAAAAUUUAGAUUUGUUUACUGCUAGCUAAUAUCAUCAGCCGCAUAGAAAAUUAAAAGUAUACUUAUUCACAAUGUGGCCAAAAGUAUCUGGGUACCUGCCUGUCCAACUUCUCAUUCCCAAACCAAGGGUAUUCAUAUGAAGUUUGUCCUCCCUUUGCUGUUAUAAUAGCCUCUAUUCAUCUAUUCCACUACAUUUUCUAACAUUUUUGGUGAGAUUUGUUUUCAUUCAGUGACAAGAACCUUUGUAAGGAUAAGCACCAAUGUUGUGAGGCCUGUUAAUUGGCAUUACAGUUCAUCCUACAAGGGGCAAUAGUGUUUUUUGCCUCUGACCACUCAUAAAAAGCUCCAAUUUGUUUCCAAAUUCUGCAGUAAGUGUUCCAACAUGCAAUUUUACAUGGGGAGUUUGAAUACUUUUGGCCAUACAGUAUUAUAUAUAUAUAGGAACAACAAACAAAUGGUUGCAAUGCACUCCCAAUAUAAGGGAAAAUGGCCUAGGUGUAUCCAAGAGAAAUGAAUAUCCACAUGAAAAAAUGGAGCACUCAUACUUAUGAAUGAGUAAAAAAGUUUUCAUUAGUUUUUCGCUGUUUCAGUCCUCCUUAGAGGACCAAGACGUAAUGAGAAAUGUCCUCUCAGCAGGACUGAAACAUUGACAAACUAAUAAAAACUUUUUAACUCAUUUUAAGUCCCAUAAGUACUCAAUUUUUUCAUCAACACCUGUGCAGUGCUGAGUCCUUUUGGUUUUCUAUUCUUUGUAACUCUGCCUGCACUCCUCUCCUGCAACAAAUGCCAGGUGCAAAUCAGACAGAAAAUGUUGCCUUCUUUUACUCCUACACACAUAAAAAUAAAAAAUACUCUGAUGCACACUGGUCUUAUAUUAAAAUACAAAAAAAGCAUCCUUUAUUUGAGUCAAUGUUUUGUCACCACAUAGGGGUGUCUUCCCCCAGGACAACCAACCUUGUUGACUUGAAUAAAGUAAGCUUUUUGUAUUUUGAUAUAAGACCAAUGUGCAUCAGAGUAUUUUGUAUUUAAAUAUAUCAGAAAAAAAAGAAGCCAAAUUGGCCAAUUAUUAGUUUCACUAUCAUAGUGGAGGCUCACAUUCAGAUUAACCUAUAGUGUUAUUGAUUAACCUACUGUAAGAAACUAUACUUUUGGUCAGUAUUUAUUUGUCAUGGCCGACUCUCACACUAUUAUCUCCAUAUUAUAACAUUCCAUAUAUGAUACAAUAUAAAACUGAUAAAAUACAAACAUAAUAGGACUCAUUUAACAACAGGGGGUAAGGAUCUGUGAUUUUUUCCACCAUGCACUUGGCUGGUAUGUCAUGCAGCAUAAGCAUUAUUCAGUGUGGGUUGAGUAAUAAUUCUGGGUUAAAUCUAUGAUUGUUUUCCAAUUUGGGAGCUUGGGGUUUGACAUGGAAGUGUGUUGGUAUGUUGGUAUGUUGGUUUCUAGAUGAAAAAUGAUGUGUAAUAACAUCAAAUCUGCUAGAUUCCAUCUAUGGUUUAGAUGAUUUCACCCCGCUUGAUUUUAAUAUCUGGAUGAGGAGGUACAUAUUGCCUUGUUAACCAAUACUGUCUUACAGAAAGUGCAUUCUUACCUUUCUUGUCAUCUGUGCAAUUCAGACUACAGUUACAUGCCUUUUUGUAUUCUGCAACAUUACCUCAGUAUUUAUAUGGAUUAUAUUUAGAGUGUAUUAUGCCUUGUGCUGCUUCAUUUUAAAUGUAAUAGUAUUUAUUAGUUUUUAUUGCAUCUAGUAAGAUUUUGUUAGUACUAAAAUAAAUAUUACAAUCAUAACCAUAA